CAAUCCCACCACGUUGCAAUUUGGUGUGUCGAGAUGGCAAAACGCUGAAUUUGACUUUGUGCAAGUGUUUCUCAAAGCCCUCAUGUACUCGCCGAAACUGCGGAGUUAGUUCCCCUCGAUGUUUGACGUACAAGAGAGAUGAACAUGGCUGCAAAACAUGUCAGUGUCUGACUCGGUGUCCAUUGCGCAACUGCCCUUCCGACUGCUCAAAUGGAAAGGUCGAGUACUUUGAUGACCAGCUUGGUUGCAGAUCAUGUCGCUGCAGUAAUCCAAGUUCAUGUGUCCCAUUGUCUGCAGACUGCACUGUGAAAAAGGAUACAUCCAGGAUGAAAAUGGAUGCGACAUUUGCGAAUGCAAGCUAUAAGGGGGACUUUUGUAAUAUAGCUUGCUUCUUCUUCUUCUUCUUCUUCUUCUUCUUCUUCUUCUCUAACCCCUAA